AUGGCGCAGACAAACGACAAAGAAGAUGCCAGCUCCAUCGGCUCGGCCACGCAGCAAGCACAGCCCAGGCCAUCCACCCGCGCCGCACCAAAGACAAAGGCAAAGGACAGGAGGGCCGCCUUCAUCCGUCAGGCCUCCCUCCCCCUCCAGCAUCAACCGGCGGCCAAAACAGACGGAGACAACCAGGACGGCCAUGACGACGACCCCGGCAGCGCCUCGCAGGCACCCGCAAACGACGGCCACGUCUCGCCCGGUCCACCCCCGCUCCACACACGCUGGGUUCACACCCUCGAGACGGCCAAGGGAUGGAAGGCCUUCGGUGCGAGGGACAGCCGCCGCCUAGAGGCUUCCUGGCGAGCAAUGCAACAGUCUGGCUGCUCCUCGGGGGGCCCGUCCGACCCCGACCAGACCGAGCGUGACGCCGACGACGACGAGCAGUGGUCCGCCCUCGAUCCAGACGACGACGCGCCCGUCUGGAGGGUCCCCGUAGGCCAGGACAAGCUCUACGACGCAGACCUGCGACAGCUCAAGGCGAGUCAUGACAAUGGCCCCCUCGACGAUGCCCUGCAUGCCCCGUCGCUGACCCCGCACGCAUCCCAUCCCUCCCCUCUGCCCUUUCGUCUCGCCCCGCAGAUGGCGCCCGUCUUCUGGAAGGACCCAAAGAAGCUCGACGUGCUACGCGCCAGCUGGUUCUACGAAGCCAACAAGCUCACGCCCUGCGUCGCCGCCCUCGCCGACGAGCUCGAGGCAAAGUUCCUCGAAAUCCAGCCCUGGCUCUCGUCGUACACCGACGAGCUCAAGUCGUCGCUCUCGCUCGGCGCAGAGGCCGAGGCAAAGCUAAAGUGCCCGCUCAAGUCGAUCAAGAACGCCUACGUCAUCUUCCAGGGCCCGCGCCUUGCCCGGCUCUACACCGAAGACUUCACCGCGCGCAUCUCCAAGCAGUUCUUCACCGCCUGGAGCGGCGAGCACGGAGGCGGCCAGCUCCUCGUCCGAGGAUACCAGACCCUCGUCCAACUCCAGGAGGCCAAAAAGGGUGGGCGCGGAAGCGGCAGCGGGAACGGCGCGUCUUCGUCCAAAAAGAGCCGGAGGGCACCGUCGACGAAGAGGGCGGCCAAGCGGCGCUCGCUCGCCACCGUCUCGUCGGCCCACCAUACCGAGGCAGAGACCGAGGUCGACGACGCGAAGAAGGACGACGUGGCCAAGGACCUGCAGGACGCGCUGCAGGAGAACCAGGAGGUCCUCAAGAGCUCGACGACGGCCGCAGCAGACGAUGCAGCGGAACAGCAGGCGACGACCGAAGGUCAGGCCGGCGCCGAACAGGCCGACGCCGCCGACGGCAACCCCAACGCGUCGAAGCCACCGGCCCGCAGCGAUUCAGGCGUCACGGUGUCGACGGGAACGUCGAUCGACACGGCGCAGGCCACGCCCUCGGUCGAUGUCAGCACCACUCAUGCCAACGCCACGACGGACUCGGCCAAAUCUGGCGCCGGUGCGCGCCUGCGGAGCCUGGCCAUGGCCGCCAGCAACCGCUCCUCUGCAGCCGCAUCGAGGAACGACCUGCUCAGGAGCGUGGCCAGCCGCUUCGGCGCGUGGGCCGGCGGCAGCGGCGAAGCCGGCGGCGCAGAGGGUCUCACGACCAAGCAGCAGCAGGAGAUCGCCAACUCGUUCAAAGAGGCGCAGAGGAGGGCGCAGGACCUGCCGGCGUCCGAGUACGAGACGACCGACGACGAGCACCACCACAACGACGGCGAUGGCGAGCACGACGACGAUGGCGACGAUGACGGCCACGAAGAUGACGACGAGGACAGGCCGCUGAGCGACGAUCCCGAGGCGUUUGACGAUGCGGAAGAGCAACGCGAAGAGGCCGAAGAGGAGGCGCACCCGCCAGAGCUGCUGCUGGCCGUCCACGGCAUCGGCCAGCGGCUCGCUGGCGACUGGAAGAGCUUUGAUUUUGUCGUCGCCAUCAAUGCGUUCCGCGAGCUGGUGCAGCAGCGCAUCGACACCGUCAAGGCGCCCUCGGACAUUGGCGGCGGAGGCCUCAAGGCGCUCGCCAACGGACGGCGCCUCCAAUUCCUCCCCGUCAUGUGGCGCGCCGGAUUCCACGUCGGCGAGGCCGACAAGCAGGCGGCGGAUGCGGCGCUCGACGAGGAGGACGAGAUGUUUGACAACGGGCUCGAGCUCGACAUGGACCACAUCUUUGGCAACGAGGGCAUCCCCAUCGUACGGACGAUGACGCGCGAAGUGCUGAUGGACAUUCCCAUGUACCUCUCGCACCACCGCCAGCAUAUUAUCGACUCGGUGCGGAGGGAGGCCAACCGGCAGUACCGCGUCUUUGUCAAGCGCAACCCGCGCUUCGAGGAGCGCGGCGGUAAGGUGCACAUCAUCGCUCACAGCCUCGGCAGCGCCAUUGCGACGGAAAUCCUGUCGAUGCAGCCGACCAAGGUACCGCUGGUCAAGGACCUCGGACCCAGCGAGGCGCAAAAGGUCGGCCACAGCAGGCUCAUCUUCAACGUCGAAAAGUUCUUUGCCGUCGGAUCACCCGUCGGCAUCUGGUUCGUCCUCAAUCGGAGCCAGCUGGUGGCGAGACGCGGCCGCGAGUGCCGCUCGUCUUCCGACGAGGCCGAGAGCGGCGUGCCCAACCGCGCCGUGUCGCUCGACGAGGAGGGCAGGUACGGCUGCAUGAGCGUAAGCGGCUUCUACAACAUUGCCAACCAGUUCGAUCCCGUCGGUACGAGGUGUACGCCGUGCGUCGACGUCAAAUACAGCAAGCUGGUCAAGCCCGUGGCUCUGUCCAAGGCGACGCGCGCCGUGCUGCGUGCCGAUCCCAAGGCUAUUCCGCCCGAGGCGGCCACCUCUACGACGACGACGACGAAAAAGGACGGCCGAAGGGAAGGCGAUGACGCCGCCGCGGCAACGGAAGACAAGGCGGCCAAGGCCAAUGCGACGUCGGGCGCCACGGCCACGUUUUUCUCGUCGUGGGGUCGGAAAGCGGGUGGGGCUGCGGCGGCGCUGUCGUCGUCGUCGAGCGCGGGCAAGGGGGCCCAGGAGACCAAGCCAGCUGCGUCCAGUGACAAGGCGGAGGAUGACUCGACUGGCGCUGCCGCCGCCGCAAAGGACGAGGACGGGCCUUCAGCCGCGUCGGGAUGGUUGGACGCUGCGUCCAAGGCGAUCAAGCGGAGGUCGAUGGGAUCCGCCUCGGGCCACGGCGACCAAGACGGCGACGCCUCGGACGGCGACGGGGAUGACAGGGCCGAUGCGGUGGCGGCGACGACGCACGCCGACGAGGACGGCGACGACGUGCGGUCGCGGAUCCGGGCGCGUGCCAAGAAGGAAGAGGAGAAGCAACGGCGCAAGGCCGAGGAAGAGGAGCGGGCGGCCAAGGAGGAGAUGAGCGAGGCGCGGCGGCAGCGGGCCGAGGCGCGGCUGCGCGCCCUCAACCCGAUGCAGCGCGUCGACUUCUACAUGCCCCUCGAAGGGUACAGCCUGCUCAGCACCAUCAACCAGUACGCGGAGCUGAUGACGGCGCACAUGUCGUACUGGAGCCGGGCGGACCUGGCGGAUUUCCUGGUGGCGCAGCUGCUGUCGGACGACGAGCGGCUGGCAAAGAGCCUCGAGUUCAAGGCGGUGGAAGGGUGGGAGUAG